GUCUGAUGUCAUGAUGGUGCAAGGAGGGAAGCGGCUCAGCGGCAUUUCUUUACUCGGAGACAGAAAUAAACACCCUUCUGCUACGCAACCUGCAGCAAGAUGUUGGUGCCGGUGGUUUUAUUUUUCUAUCUGCUCUCUCUGAAUCCAGCAGCUACAGAAGUCGGUCUUGCUGGUAAAGUGCUUCUGUUCCCGUACGAGACUGAUUUCAGCUACGUUCAACUCACACCUAAAAAGCCCCUGGGCCUUACAGCGUUUACUCUCUGCAUGCGCGUCGCGACGGAGCUCCAGGGCGAGCGGCAGAUCAUUCUCUUCGCCUACCGGACGCCCGACUUCGACGAGCUCAACGUGUGGAGAGAGAAAGACGGUCGUGUGUCCUUCUACCUCAGUGGCGACGGAGCGUUCUUCCACCUGCCGCCUCUCUCCACCUUCCGGACUCACCUGUGCCUCACCUGGGCCUCGCGCACCGGACUCACGGCCUUCUGGGUGGAUGGGCACCGCAGCGCGUUCCAGUUGUAUAAACCGGGUCACAGCAUCCACCCUCAGGGCACCGCUCUUCUCGGCCAGGACCCCGAUAAACACCUGGGGGACUUCGAAACGGUGCAGAGUUUCGCCGGCGAGCUCACGGACCUGAACAUGUGGGACUAUGUCCUCACCGGAAACCAGAUCAAAGCGCUGUAUCUGAACCACGUGCAGCGCGUGCCGAGAGGAAACGUGUUUGACUGGAACACCAUAGAAUAUGAGAUUAAAGGAAACGUGCUAGCUGUGCAAGAUGAUUAAAAUAUUCAGCCCCAUACUGUACAACGAUGUUUGUUAAUUCGCUAUCGUUUUCUUCAUUGAA